AUGGUUGCCUCCGACUCCAAGCCAGCGCCAGAUGACAUCGUGUGGUCGGUCGGCUGGAGCGGCUGCAGAGAAUGCGUGCUCUCACUUCGCGAAGAGAGCGAGGACAUGGCCACCCCAGCGCGCCAGCUCCUCGGAGAGACGUACGUGUCCACAAUGCGCGGACUCAAGGUCCACCGAAGCCUGGCCUCUUUUUCGCUGCGAUGGAGCGACGUCGUUGUCCAGCACCUCGGCCGCAUCCUUGAGGCCAGCACCGAGACCGACAAAGUCCAGUUGCGAGCAAAGACAAUCCCGCCUCUCCAGGACGCAUUUGAGAUACUUGGCGCUCUAGUUCGCACCAUCGACUCCGAGCGUGAGGCCUUCAACAGCGCCAUCGGGGGCCUGAUACGCUUCCGCGCCGAAGUGAGCAAGGCUUUCAACACCGAAAGAGGCCCAUACGGGUACAUGUAUUUGGCGAUCGCGGACAAGCUGGAGAAUGCGCUGACGUGCUUCCAAGCAACCGAAAAAGCCCUCAGUCACGCAAGUUCAAUCCUCAAGAGCGACGCAAGCGAUAUGGCACAGUGCAUGUGCGUCCUCAAGGCGUUCCUUUCAGUGGAGACCAUCGAGACGUCCCGGGUCGCGGAAUUAGGCAACCGACUUAUCGCGUGCUGCAACGCGUACAAGAGAAAACACGCCGAAUACUGUCGCGUCUUCAUGUAG